AUGAGUCGGCAAACGAAUGGAUAUCUCAGAAAAAGGGAUCCCCCGGAAGAGGCAUAUCAAACAGACGUCCUCAUUGUUGGGGCAAACACAGGAGGACUUUUACUCUCUCUCGACCUCGCAAGAAAAAAUAUAAACCACUUGGUGAUAAACUCGUGCGACAGAAACAAAAAAGAAGUAAACGGAGAAGAUAUUAGUGAGCAAUAUGUACUCUACCCUAGAACGUUGGAAAUUUUUCAUGAUUUGAAUAUCCUGUCAGAAGUACGAAAUAGAAGCUUAAAACUGACAGGAGUUAGUUUCUAUGUUGGAAACAAAUUAAUAAAUCAGACGGACAAAACUUUUUUUCAAAGUUGCAAUGGGUCAACAUCGUACAUGUUAAGUAUAAACAAGACCACGCUGAAUAAUAUCCUGCGAAGAAAAUUGGCUUCCAUCAAUUCGGACGCGGUGCAGGAUGGCACCAUCCUGUGGGGGCUCAGUCAGAGAUGCCCCUCAACGUGCACGAGGGGAAAAAGGUGCCAAGUGCCCCAUGAUCGUAAAAAAUCCGACAAAGGAAUGCACAGUACUGUUGAACCCAUAGUGGGAAAAAAAACGUGGGGAAAGGGGUUUUUCUUUUGGGGGGAAAGGGGCAAGAAUGGCGCGGUCGAGAAAAAUGCACACGAUGACUCAUUAGGGGGAAAACCCACAACGGAUGCAUCAACGGGGGGUUCGCCAACCAGCGACACCCAACCAAGUGAGCACCAACCAAGUGAGCACCAACCAAGUGAGCACCAACCAAGUGAGCACCAACCUAGUGAGGACCGACCAAAAAAACCGCUGCACUGCUCAAUUAGGAGCAAAUUCAUAGUCGGCGUUGAUGGGAGAAAAUCUUCAAUCAGAAAACUAGCAAACAUAAAAAUGGAAGAGAAGGCAAGCCAACCAAUCGAAUACAUAUCUGUGGAUGUGUGCGCCAAAUGGAAUAUCGACAUGAGUCACUACAACUUAACCCUGGUUCAAUAUGCGAAAUAUUUACAAGCAAAAUUUUUACUGUAAAUGGACAGGGGUCAUCCCUCCAAUCCCAACGAUGAGAAUAAAAUUGAGGAGAGUGAUGCAUCUGCAUGGGGACGCCACCCCAAUGGUGCGGCCCACUCGGAGGGGAGUAGGACGUGGUCACAGAGCAGUGAUAGCACCGUAGGAGAAAAACAACACGACGAUAAUGUUGUAGGAGAAAAUACAAACGUAGGGGAUGCUUUCCCAAAGGGAGGGGAAAAUAAAUGUGCGAACGGACAAUUCAGGAGGGGAAUUUCCCAAGGUGAGAAACUGUGGGGAAGUCCCUGGGAAGAUGGCCCUGAAAUGUGCGCCACGAAUGGAACUCCCCCCAAAGGGAAGCGGCACAUCAGGGGCGAUCAUUCAGGCGAUCAUUCGAGGGACCAAUCGAGAGACCACUCGCGGAACCAAUCGAGGGACCACUCGAGAGACCACUCUCGGAACCAAUCGCGGAACCACCCAAGUGAUAACAACGCGAACGUGUUCUCCGACGCAGUGAGCAACAACUCAGGGUGUACCUCCACCCGCAAUUCCGCGCUUGCCAUACGCAGGGGAGGCUACAACUGGCACUUGACCAUAUGUAGGCGAGCAAACAAACACUCGAAUGAAAAAUCGAUCUGCCGAAUGAAACAAACAAACAAAUUGCAUCACAUGGAAGUGAUCCAUUUGAUUGAAAAAAUUUUCCCAAAUGUAAAAAUAUUUUAUAUAUACAAUUUGAAGAGAGGAAUUCACAGAGACCAAAUGUGUGAGGAGUUCUAUAGACAUGGGAUCAUCCUAGCAGGGGAAUCCAACUGCAUGUACAACCCCAUGUUUAGCGUAAGCAUCAACCUGACAGUACAUGAUGUAUACAGCAUUGGGUGGAAAUUAAAAUAUCUCAUUGAUUAUAAUUCAUCGCCCAUCCUAUUGGAGGCAUAUCAGAAGGAGAGACAAUUCAUUUCUCAGAAGGUCUUAUCAUGGAGUAGUGAAAUGAUUCAUUACUAUUUUUCCUUCUUCCUGAAUUGCUGUGCCAGGACGAUUAGCAAGAUCACUUCCACUUGCAACGUUUUGGACAGAGUUUACAAGAAAACGUUUAUGUUGCAGAGUGACUACUACAGAUUAGGCCUUGUACACACCUCCGCUCAACUCACAAGCAGGCACUUCAUGUGUGCAGAUCGGCCAAGGAACUGCGUCCUCAGAUGUGUCACCCUGUACAGUAACAGCUAUCAGCAAAAUAACACUGUUCGGCUGUAUGACUACUUGGGGGGACAUGCACAUACCUUAAUUUUUGCGGGCACCGACACGAACGCGAGUAUCACCAGGAAUGGAAAUGCUCUCUCGGCCAUCCUUUCUAUUGUAUGCCCCCAGAUGAUGCACAGAGCCACCAUCCAAAGUGGAGACACUCCACUGAGUACCCUUCUUACCAAAAUAAGGGCCACCAAAAACCUGGGAAGACAAACUAUCCUCUACGACUUCAUGAGCGACUUCCAGAGGCAGCUAAACAUCAAAAUAGGUGCACCCUGCGUUCCCACCGAUUUGUGCAGGUCCAGAUCAGCCAUGUACAUUUUUGUUCGUCCCGACAUGCACAUAACGCACAUGAAUUAUGUGAACGACGAGAAGGAGGUUACGGCCUUCCUCGAUUAUGUGUACAGCUUUUACGGCUAA